AGGUUUACUGCUCGGCGUGCGCUGAGUGUUUGUCUGCCUCGGAGGGUUGGGUCCUCCUUGUUCACAGGUGAGUCACGCCCCAAAACACCACCGGCUCUCUUCCUGUCAGGACUGAGUCAGGUAGAAGAGUCGAUAAAACACCUGAUCGAGGGAGAAGGAAGGCACAGCGGGGCGAAGACUCGGCGCCCUCCCGACAGGCACCCGCAGCGGCGGAGCGCGCGCGGCCCAGCCAUGCCUGCGCUCUGGCUCAGCUGCUGCCUCGGUGUCGCGCUCCUGCUGCCCGCAGCUCAGGCCACCUCCAGGAGGGAAGUCUGUGAUUGCAAUGGGAAGUCCAGGCAGUGCGUCUUUGAUCAGGAGCUCCAUCGACAGACAGGCAAUGGGUUCCGUUGCCUCAACUGCAAUGACAAUACUGCCGGGGUUCACUGCGAGAGGUGCAGGGAAGGGUUUUACCGGCAGCAAGACAGAGAUCGCUGCCUACCCUGCAACUGCCACUCAAAAGGUUCCCUCAGUGCUGGAUGUGACAACUCUGGACAAUGCAGGUGUAAGCCAGGUGUGACAGGACUUAGGUGUGACCGAUGUCAGCCAGGCUUCCAUAUGCUCACUGAUGCUGGAUGCACCCGAGACCAGAGGCAACUAGAUUCCAAGUGUGACUGUGACCCAGCUGGCAUCUCUAGACCCUGUGAUUCUGGCCAAUGUGUCUGCAAACCAGCCGUCACUGGAGAACGCUGUGAUAGGUGCCGACCAGGUUACUAUCAUCUGGACCGGGCCAACCCUGAGGGCUGCACCCAGUGUUUCUGCUAUGGGCAUUCAGCCAGCUGCCACCCCUCUGCUGACUUUAGUGUCCACAAAAUCACCUCAAUUUUCAAUCAGGAUGUGGAUGGCUGGAAAGCAGUUCAGAGAAACGGGGCACCUGCAAGACUCCACUGGUCACAGCGCCAUCAGGACGUGUUUAGUUCUGCCAGAAGAUCAGACCCUGUCUAUUUCGUGGCCCCUGCCAAAUUUCUCGGUAAUCAGCAAGUAAGUUACGGACAGAGCCUGUCUUUUGACUACCGUGUGGACAGAGGAGGUAGACACCCAUCUGCCUAUGAUGUGAUCCUGGAAGGUGCUGGUCUCCAGAUCAGAGCUCCUCUGAUGCAGCAGGGCAAGACACUUCCCUGUGGGAUCACAAAGACUUACACAUUCAGAUUGAAUGAGCAUCCUAGCAGUCACUGGAGCCCCCAACUGAGUUAUUUCGAGUAUCGAAGGUUACUGCGGAACCUCACAGCCCUCCUGAUCCGAGCCACGUAUGGAGAAUACAGUACAGGGUACAUUGACAAUGUGACCCUGGUUUCAGCCCGCCCUGUCUCUGGAGCCCCAGCCCCCUGGGUUGAACGUUGUGUAUGCCCUGCUGGGUACAAGGGACAAUUCUGCCAGGAAUGUGCUUCUGGUUACAAAAGAGAUUCAGCAAGACUGGGGCCUUUUGGCACCUGUGUCCCCUGUAACUGCCAAGGGGGAGGGGCCUGUGAUCCAGACACAGGAGAUUGCUACUCAGGGGAUGAGAAUCCUGACAUUGAGUGUGCUGACUGUCCCAUCGGUUUCUACAACGACCCACAUGACCCCCGCAGCUGCAAGCCAUGUCCCUGUCACAAUGGGUUCAGCUGUUCAGUGAUGCCUGAGACAGAGGAGGUGGUGUGUAACAACUGCCCCCCUGGGGUCACAGGUGCCCGUUGUGAGCUCUGUGCUGAUGGCUUCUUUGGGGAUCCCUUUGGGGAACGUGGCCCAGUGAGGCCUUGUCAGCGCUGCCAAUGCAACAACAACGUAGACCCCAGUGCCUCAGGGAACUGUGACCAGUUGACAGGCAGAUGUUUGAAAUGUAUCUACAACACAGCUGGUAUCUACUGUGACCAGUGCAAAGCGGGUUACUUUGGAGACCCAUUGGCUCCUAACCCAGCAGACAAGUGUCGAGCUUGCAACUGCAGCCCCAUGGGCUCCAAGCCUGGCGAGUGUCGAGGUGAUGGCAGCUGUGUUUGCAAGCCAGGCUUUGGCGGCCUCAACUGUGAGCAUGCGGCCCUAACCAGUUGUCCUGCUUGCUACAAUCAAGUGAAGGUUCAGAUGGACCAGUUUACCCAGCAGCUCCAGAGCCUGGAGGCCCUGGUUUCGAAGGCUGAGGGUGGUGGUGGUGCAGUCCCCAGUGGGGAGCUGGAACGCAGGAUACAGCAGGCUGAGCAGGCCCUUCGAGACAUUCUAAGAGAAGCUCAGAUUUCAGAAGGUGCGAUGAGAGCCCUCGGCCUCCAGCUGGCCAAGGCAAGGAGCCAAGAGAACAACUACAAGAACCGCCUGGAUGACCUCAAGAUGACUGUGGAAAGGAUUCGGGCCCUCGGCAGUCAGUAUCAGAACCGAGUUCAGGAUACGAGCAGACUCAUCUCUCAAAUGCGCCUGAGCCUGGCAGAAAGCGAAGCUUCCCUGCAAAACACUGACAUCCAUUCCUCUGAGCACUAUGUGGGGCCAAAUGGAUUUAAAAGUCUGACUCAGGAGGCCACCAGAUUGGCAGACAGCCACACUGAGUCUGCUAACACAAUGAAGCAACUAGCAAGGGAAACGGAGGACUAUUCCAAACAAGCACUUUUGUUGGCCCACAAGGCUCUGAGUGGAGGAGGCGGAAGUGGCGUCCUGGAUAGCUCCGUGGUACAAGGUCUUAUGGGAAAAUUAGAAAAAACCAAGUCCCUGACCCAGCAGUUGUCAAGGGAGGGCACCCAAGCUGACAUUGAAGCUGAUAGGUCUUAUCAACACAGUCUCCGCCUCCUGGAUUCAGCAUCUCAGCUCCAGGGAGUCAGUGAUCUGUCCUUCCAGGGGGAAGCAAAAAGGAUCAGACAGAAGGCUGAUUCUCUCUCAAACCUGGUGACCAGACAAACGGAUGCGUUCACGCGUGUGCGAAACAAUCUGGGGAACUGGGAAAAAGAAACCCAGCAGCUCUUACAGACUGGAAAGGAGAGGCGACAGACUUCAGAUCAGCUGCUUUCCCGUGCCAACCUUGCUAAAAACAGAGCCCAAGAAGCGCUCAGUAUGGGCAAUGCCACUUUUUAUGAAGUUGAGAAUAUCCUAAAGAACCUCAGAGAGUUUGAUCUGCAGGUUGAAGACAGAAAAACAGAGGCUGAAGAGGCCAUGAAGAGACUCUCCUAUAUUAGCCAGAAGGUUGCAGAUGCCAGUGACAAGACCCAGCAAGCAGAAACGGCCCUGGGGAGCGCCGCUGCUGACACCCAACGGGCAAAGAUCGCAGCUAGGGAGGCCCUGGAGAUCAGCAGUGAGAUAGAGCAGGAGAUAGGGAGUCUGAACUUGGAAGCCAAUGUGACAGCAGAUGGGGCCUUGGCUAUGGAGAAGGGACUGGCCACUCUGAAGAGCGAGAUGAGAGAGAUGGAGGGAGAGCUGGCCAGGAAGGAGCUGGAGUUUGACACGGAUAAGGAUGCGGUGCAGCUGGUGAUUACUGAAGCCCAGCAAGCCGAUGCCAGAGCCAAGAGUGCCGGAGUUACAAUCCAAGACACGCUCAACACAUUGGACAGCAUCCUACACCAAAUAGACCAGCCUGGUGGUGUGGAUGAAGAGGGGUUGAUGCUAUUAGAACAGGAGCUUUUCCAAGCCAAGACCCAGAUCAACAGUCGGCUUCGGCCCUUGAUGUCUGACCUGGAAGAGAGGGCACGUUGGCAGAGGAACCACCUCCACCUGCUGGAGACCAGCAUAGAUGGAAUUCUAGCUGAUGUGAAGAACCUGGAGAACAUUCGAGACAACCUGCCCCCAGGCUGCUACAAUACCCAAGCUCUUGAGCAACAGUGAUGUUGCCAUAGAGAUUUGUUCACUGUGGUGAGGGACACAGACCUCAGGGGUCAGGAGCCAUCUCAUGUGGAUAGGCUGGGCUCAGAAUAUUUGGACACAUUUAACGGGUUCAUUCAGGUCUAUUGGACCUGAUUCCAUCCCUGAGACCAUGGGUAGAUGGAUGUCUUCCUGUACCAAUAUAAUACUGUCACUUCCUGAUGCUGCCAGUGAGGCAGACAGUGUUAAGAAUGAUCAGGAACCCACAAAUGCUGAGCUCAGAACAGUGACAAACUGAAUUCUGGCAUAUAGAAAGUCCUACUGCUAUCUCAGAACAAGAAAUCUAAUCCCACUGUGGCCAGUGAAGUACUCUUGCUUCGCCCACUAGACGUUUUUGUUGACCGCAUUUCCUCCACUGCCCACCCGAUUCAUGAGUGUGUCCUGCACUUCAUGCUGAGUGUAGAAAGCAGUAGUGGGUGUAGACCUGGAAAUCUGCCCCAUUUGAAGCAAUGGCCCACUGCCACUCCUCACCUUCAUACUCUUGGCCUGAGUAUGACAGCCUUUCUCCUAAUGGUGCCAGAACAACUUAGAGACUGUAUUUUUUAUGAAAGCAUUUUUUUUUUUACCAGCCAAAAAUCAUUGGCAAAGUAUUUCCUUUGAAUUUCAAAGUGAUAUAAGAAAAUGUGUCUUGCGCACUAAAGGAAGUGGAUUAUCUAAAAGAUAUCUUAAUCUUAAUCCAAUCUUCCUUUGGAAACACUAAAACUCAUAUACAUCUGUGUAUUGUAUCUUAUUUUCUCUCUCUCCCUAAAUCAGGGAUAAUCCAUCCUUCUAACAUAUAUUUAUUGAGUUACUACUAUGUGCCAGGGGUGAGUGGAACAGUACGGACAUUCUCUGCUCUCAUGGAGUUGAGUGUCUAGUGAGAAGGACAAAUAUUAGAAUAAAUAAAUGGAAACUCCCAUGCCUUGU